AUGGCCACAUCGAUUUCGAGCGACCACAGGCAGCUUGAUUAUCAUGUGAUUUGUGCAAGAAUCUUUCCAUUGGUUAGAGCUGAUGCGUCGGUAUCGAUUAAGGUGUUGCAAGAGGCAACUGAGGCAACAUAUGGUUUCAAGCCAAGUUAUCGGAAGGUGUGGUUGGCAAAACAGAAGGCAGUAGCACAGAUCUACAGCGAUUGGGAGGAGUCAUAUGCGGAUCUACCCCGCUGGAUCCUUGGGGUCACAUUCACCAUGGACGGUUCCAUUGCUCUGCUGAAGACCUCCCCGGUUAGAGUGGGUGACCAGGUUGAUGAAGAAAGAGUAUACUUUCAUUGUAUGUUUUGGACAUUCCCUCCAUGUGUUGAGGCAUUCUGCCACUGUAAGCCACUCAUUAGUAUCGAUGGGACACACUUGUAUGGUAAGUAUGGAGGGACCUUGUUGUUGGCGAUUGCUCAGGAUGGAAAUUCGAAUAUUUUGUCUGUUGCGUUUGCACUAGUGGAGGGGAAAAAUGCUGAGUCUUGGUCAUAUUUUCUGUACAAUCUUAGAAGACAUGUUACUCCACAGGAAGGUAUUCUCGUCAUCUCUGACAGACACAACGGCAUCAAGGCUGCGCUGGAGUCACCAGAUAAUGGUUGGCGACCUCCGCAUGCUUAUAGGGCAUUUUGUAUUCGGCAUGUUGCUGCAAAUUUUGCCCUCACCUUCAAGGGGCAGGAUGUUAGGAGGUGGCUGGUUAACGCCGCUUAUGCGAAGACUGAAGUAGAAUUUGACUAUUGGUUUGAUAUAAUGAGGUCAGAGAACCCAGCCAUGUGUGAUUGGGCAAACAGGAUGGAUUAUGAGAUGUGGUUCGAUAACUUAUGA